AUGACAACAGCGCAGGCCUUCUUAGGUGUGAAAUUUAAUUUGGAAAAUACUUCGUAUAAAGCCAUUGAAAAUAUCGGUACCGGAGCAUAUGGAGUGGUCUGCAAAGCCUUUAAUCAGACACAAGCUAUCAAAAAGUUACAGAAAACAGGAAUCCAGAUAGCAAUUAAAAAAAUCUCUCAAGUGUUUUCUGUGGCCAUUCUUAUGAAGCGAUCCUUACGUGAAAUACGUAUAUUACGCAACUUAUGUCAUGAAAAUAUCGUUUCCGUUCAUGACGUCUUCGCUACACCUGGACUCCACGGUUUGGAUGUAUACAUGGUUCUUGACCUAAUGGAGACAGAUUUGCAUCGUAUCAUUCAUAGCCGGCAACAUCUCACUGAUCAACAUUACCAAUACUUCUUUUAUCAGAUUAUACGAGGACUAAAGUAUUUGCAUUCGGCUGGUAUAGUACACCGUGAUUUAAAGCCAUCAAAUGUGCUGGUAAACAGUGACUGUUUACUGAAAAUUGGUGAUUUCGGUAUGGCACGAUCAGUUGAACAAUUAAAUGAUCUCUUUACUGAGAAUUAUAUGAGCCAGUAUGUUUCAACAAGAUGGUACAGAGCUCCUGAAUUGCUUUUCUCCCUCAUUGAUUACGAUACAAAAGUGGAUAUUUGGUCAGCAGGCUGCAUAUUAGCUGAAAUGCUACUUCGUCGACAGCUAUUUCCGGGGAAAGAUGCUGCAAGUCAAGUGAAAAUGAUCAUUUACUAUUUGGGAACACCAGAAAAAGCUUUCAUGGAACGAAUCAGCUCCGAACUCAUCAUUCGUUGGAUUGAAAGUUCUGGUACCAGAGAUCCGCUUCCAUGGAGCACAAUUAUACCUAAGACGAAUCCCCAAGCGCUAGACUUACUGAAUUCGUUGCUGGUCAUACCGCCAUGGAAUCGAUCAACAGCGGAAAAAGCUCUUUCUCAUCCCUACCUGCAAAUUUACCACGAUGCUGAAAAUGAAGCAAACUAUUCUAAAAAAGUAUACUGCGACGUCACAGGAAUCGAAAAAUUAAGUAUUGAUCAGUUGGAGCAGGCACUUCUAGCAGAAGCUUCACAAACUGUCUUUCACACACCUAGCAAUAGAUGA